CUUUCCAUUGUUCUGCGUCAUUAUUCCUCACAUAUUGUCUUCUUCCUAGGCAGGCAUCUCGUAUUUCCUGAGAGGCAUUCUGGUUUUCUUCUCCGUCAGACUUGAAAGCAAAAAUCAAGGGCAGAGUCAGAGCAAAGACAAAAUGCAUCAUCCCAUUUUUGGGCAUUUCUUCGCCGUGCUCGUGGCACCGAUUCUUCUCCUUGGGCUCGCGUUCUAUAUUCUCAAUAAGAAGAAAGCUAGUGUGCGUAAAAAUGUAGAAGAUGCUAAUACUGGCACAUCUGGUUCGUUGAUUGCACCGACGGGAGCUAGAUCCGGAGGAUCCAGUUCGUCUCCAACAGAAACUAAAACCACGCUGACUGGAAAUCACUAUGAGGUGUUCUUGAGUUUUAGAGGACCAGAUACUCGAGAUGGCUUCGCUGAUCACCUCUACAACGGGCUCGUCGAUGCCGGAAUUUGUGCUUUCAGAGACGAUGAAGAGCUCCGCCAAGGCGAGGAGAUCGGCCCAGAUCUUUCGGCGGCCAUCAAGAACAGUAAGAUCCUGAUUCCCAUUCUCUCCGUGAAUUAUGGUUCGAGCAAAUGGUGCCUAGAUGAAUUGGUUCAAAUAAUGGAGUGCAAGAAUGAUAACACGGGAAUUAUAGUGUUGCCUAUAUUCUAUAAAGUGAAACCAGCUGACGUGCGAUAUCAAAAAAGGAGUUUUGGAGAUGCAUUUCAUUCGCGUGAGAAGUAUUUCGACCCAACGACUUUGGAGAAAUGGAAGCAGGCACUCAUUAAAGUCUGUUCCUUGAAAGCAUGGGAAGCCAAAGGAUAUGAAGGAAAAUUGGUGAAAUCAAUUGUCCAAAAGGUGUUGAGCGAGCUGAAGAAAGAGUUUGAAUUGGUUAUUCCUGAGAAUGUGGUCGGAAUUGAUAGUCAUGUGGAGGAGAUUAUGAAAUUUGUAGAUAAAAAUUCCAGUGUUACCCUAUUUGUUGGCAUUCACGGAAUGGGAGGCAUUGGUAAGACAACUCUUGCUAAAACUAUCUACAACAAACUUUCCCACCAAUUUGAGUAUUGUAGCUUCAUUGCUGAUAUUAGGGAACUAUGUAAACGUAAAGGCCUUGAGUACUUGCAGAAUCAGUUAAUCUUUGCUAUAUUGAAGCAAAAAGAUCAAGUCUAUAAUAAGGAUGAAGGGAUCAGCUUCCUCUCAUCUAAGUUUAAAGGUAAGAAAGUCCUCAUUAUUUUUGAUGAUGUGGAUGAUGAUGAUCAGUUGAAGGCUUUGGUUGGAAAUCACAAUUGGUUUUCUUCGGGAAGUGUGAUCAUUAUUACCACCAGAAAUGAGGAUAUUCUUGACAAAGCGAAUGUGGACUACAAACAUGAACACAAGGAAUUGGAUAAGAAUAAAUCUUUGAUUCUGUUUAGUAGACAUGCGUUUCGAAUGGACGCUCCUCCAAGUGAAUUCAAGGAACUCACAAAUGAAGUUUUAUUCACAGCAGGAGGGCUUCCUUUAUCUCUUGAGGUUUUAGGUUCCUUUUUUUGCGGAAAAAAGGCAACACAAUGGGGAGGUACAAUAGAGAAGUUAAAAAAAGUUCCUCAUAGGAAAGUGCAAGAAAAGUUAAGGAUAAGUUAUGAAGCAUUAGACAAAGGACAAAAGCAAAUAUUUUUGGAUAUUGCUUGUUUUCUCAUUGGCACUGAUGAGAGAAUCGCAUUCUACAUGUGGGACGACUGUGAAUUUUUCCCGAAGGAGGGAAUUGAAGUAUUGAGAUUUAUGUCAUUAAUAAAAGUUGGAGAGGAUCAUAUGCUUAAAAUGCAUGACCAAUUGAGAGAUCUUGGUAGAUGGAUCGUUUGCGAGGAAAAUGAGAAUGAGCCUCGGUACCGUAGCAAGUUAUGGGACUCUAAGGAAGCCUUGAAAGUGCUAGAGGAAGAUGAGGUAACCGUUUCUCUUCUUUUUCUCCCUUAGUCCAUGUUUUAUUGUCAGAGUGAUGUUGGUGCUCUACUUAGUGCUUGCUCUAGUGAAUCUAAUAUUAUUUUCCUCGUGUCAUUCAAUUUACAUGAUUAUGAUUAUAAAUUAGGAGGUUGCUCUCUCUUAGUAAGUAUUGCAGCUUAUCUGAGAUUUAUCUUACUCAAGUGUACAUUACGAAGUUUUUUCCAAGAAUGAGGUACUUUCAAAUUUAUUAGAAAUUUAAAAGGGGUAUUCUACAUUGAAAAAAUCUGAAUUAAUAUAAUUGAGUGGGUUACGUCCUUGACACUUGCAACAAAUAACUUGACUAUGCUACUGUGAACAAUAACUACUUAGGAUAUAUAAACCAUAGAAUUCUAAUCUGUAGGUGUUAGAAUUAAUACGAUUGGAGUAACCGUGCCCACAUUUUUCAUGAAAUAUCAAUCAUUAUACCCUAAUUGAAAAUGGAAGGGAUAUUUAUUUUAUUUAAUAUUAGGUUAGGAGUUACUUUUUUUACCAAGAACAGGAACAUAUAUAGACAUCCAUAACGUUUUAGCGUAUUUCAUGCAAUG